CUUGCAAUGUCAACACGAAAGCAGCUGGGGUUUAGCCCGAAUGAAAUUACUCCACGCCCAUGAAAGGUAACAGAACUGCGUUUUCCUUACGACGAAUUAUCUGUCGGCCUCAAAAACAAGAAAACAUUGAAAAUCAUUGGACUUGUUUUCUUAUUUGACUUUUUUUGUUUUCUCUUUCUGCUAAAACCCCUAAACCCCUUUUUCCUAAAUCUCUGUUUCCUGAGCUACUGAGCAAAUGAAUGGGAAAAACGGUGAACCCAAUAGCAAAGACCUAUAUGCUCUGCUUCACGUGUCGCCGGAAGCGUCUGAUGAAGAAAUCAGAAAGGCGUAUCGCCAAUGGGCUCAAGUCUACCAUCCGGAUAAAUACCAAUCUCCGCAAAUGAAGGAAAUUGCUACAGAGAACUUUCAACGAGUGUGUGAGGCUUAUGAGAUUUUAACAGAUGAAAACAAAAGGAUGAUAUAUGAUAUCUAUGGUAUGGAGGGACUAACUUCUGGUCUGGAGCUUGGCCCUAAACUGAACAGAGUUGAAGAGAUAAAGGAAGAACUUGAGAGAUUGCGACGCCAGAAAGAACAAGAAAAAGAUUCAGCUCAUGUACAACCUUCUGGUUCAAUUUUGGCAAAUUUGUCAUUACCCGAUUUUUUAGAUGGUGAUGGCAUUAUGAGAGGGAUGGGUAUGGCGAGUGAGGUUCAAUCUAAAAUAUCAAAACGGACUUCUCUUGCUAUUGGAGGGAAUCUGGCUGUUAAUGCAAACUCUGGUGGCGGUGCGGCAACUGCAAUCCUUAGGCAUCAUGUAUCUCAGGUUUCUUCUGUAGAAUUCAUGGGCUCUAUUGGCUUGCAGUCAUUAUUAGGAGUACAAACUUCUCGCCAAUUGUCUGCCCACUCUACUGCUGUAAUGGGCCUUACCAUGUCUUUGAGAGAUGGAUGGAUUAAUCUUUCAAACACCUGGACCCGUCAGCUCUCAGAUACAACAGAUGGAAAUAUACAACUUUCUUUAGGCCCAGAGUCAUCUAUAGGUGUUGGCUGGAGAAAGAAAGAGAAAAAAAUGUCUGCUGCAGGAGAGGUUAAGAUUGGCACAAGCUCAUUUGGAGCUACCGCUCAUUACACUCAUUCCUUUUCCUCUAAAUCACAUGGACGUAUUGCCGGAACAAUUGGAAGUGGUUCACUUGCACUUGAGAUUGGAGGUGGAAGAAAGAUAUCUAAGUUUAGUACUGUUCGGAUGAUGUAUUCCAUUGGAAUUCAGGGAUUGAUUUGGAAAUUUGAAUUGAAUCGCGGGGGGCAAAAGUUGGUUGUUCCUAUAUUGCUGUCUAAUCAUCUGAAUCCAGUUUUCGCAACUGGGGCAUUCAUUAUUCCACUGUCACUUUAUUUUACUCUCAAGAAACUUGUUCUCAAACCUUAUUAUCUUAGACGGGAAAAGCAAAAGGGUUUGGAGAACUUUGAAAAGAUUCAAAUCCAGGUUCAAGAGGCAAGGGCUGCAGCUAAGAAAGCUCAACAGCUAUUGCAGAAUGUUUCCAACAGGAAAAGAAAUAAGCAAUUAGAAAUUGGUGGUUUGGUUGUUGUUAAGGCGGUUUAUGGAAAUCACAAAGCUCUGGUGAACAGACAUAAAUCUGAAGAAAUGGAAGAUGAAGUGGCAUCACAAAUCAUCGAUGUCACAUUACCUCUAAAUUUUCUUGUUAAUGAUUCUGGGCAGCUCAAGCUACAUGAAGGUGUGAAGAAGUCUGGGAUUAUGGGCUUUUGUGAUCCUUGUCCAGGAGAACCUAAGCAACUAUACGUGGAGUAUACCUAUCGUGGUGCCAGAUAUGAGGUCACAGUUGAUGAUUACGACGAGUUGCUAAUACCCCAAGAGAGGCACAGAGUUUAAACACUGGCAUGGACGCCGAAUGAAACUUCAGAUAGUAUUUGAGUUCAAACUCAGCAUAGUUAAGAUUCUUAAGGAAUACGGAAUUAUAGGAAAGAUAGCCAUUGACCAUUUGUCACCUAUUUGAUAUGCUUUCGUGUUUCCUUGCAUGUCUCUGAGAUACCCUUGGGUUGCUUCUCCCUCAAAAUUUUGUUGAGUAACAUAAUUCCUUUUACUUUUUUUUUUUUUUGUGUAAUUCUAUUGUUUCCAUGUGGGAAAAUAAGUUGGUAUAAUCUAGUUCGUCGGCCAUAAUUUUAUGGCAUGCUUUUUAUAUGAA